CACGAGCCGGGAUGACUAGAGGAGUUAGGGCUGCAGUGUUGGGAGCAAGUGUGUGUGUUUGCAUGUGAGAGAGUGCAUGUGGGUGUGCAUGUGUCUGGGCGGACUCCCGCUGUAAUGGUGCCCCAUGUGUGACUGUGCUGACCGUGACAGCCAUCCUGUCCACAGCAGUGACUUUCUCAGCAUGCAGAUGGUGUGAGCAGUCACAGGAAAAGUUUAUAACAGCUCGUUUGAGCCUCAGCUAACUCAGUCCACUCUGUACACACUGAGUCAGUCCAGGAGAGGAGCAGCAGCAGCAGCAGCAGCAGCAGCAGCAGAAGAAGAGCUGGAGUACAACUUCAGCUCCUCUCAGUCCAGGAUCUCUGUUGUUAUUGAUUGAUUACCUGUCAUUGGAUUGGAUACAAUACUUGUGUAUCACCACACGUCAGAGCUGAGGGAUUCAACUAGACUGUUUAUUUGAAGGAUCAGAGUAGCUGUAAUGGACGACCAGUGUGUUUCCCACAGCAGUCCCCAGCGCAGCGGAGGUCAGGCCAGCACAGAGGUCCAGAAGCAGGGGAGGCCGAGUGUCAUCAGGUGUGGGUGGCUCAGGAAGCAAGGAGGUUUUGUCAAGACUUGGCACAGUCGCUGGUUUGUACUGAGGGGGGACCAGCUCUACUAUUACAAAGACGAGGAGGAGACCAAAGCCCUGGGAACCAUUUUCUUACCUGGAAACAAAGUUACAGAGCAUCCAACCAACGGCGAUGAAGGAGGGAAAUUUCUUUUUGAGGUCAUUCCAGGGGGAGACAGAGAGCGGAUGACAGCCAACCAUGAGACGUACCUUCUUAUGGCCAGCACCCAGAAUGACAUGGAGGAUUGGGUGAAGACGAUCCGCAGGGUCAUAUGGGCACCUUUUGGUGGAGGGAUCUUUGGUCAGAAGCUGGAGGAGACUGUGCGAUAUGAGCGCCGCUUUGGGAACAAGCUCGCCCCUAUGCUGGUGGAGCAGUGUGUGGAUUUCAUUCGGCAAUGGGGCCUUCGGGAGGAGGGUCUAUUCAGGCUGCCAGGUCAGGCCAACCUGGUCAAAGAGCUGCAGGAUGCCUUCGACUGUGGAGAAAAACCCUCUUUUGACUGUAACACAGAUGUGCACACGGUAGCUUCUCUACUGAAGCUGUAUCUCAGAGAGCUGCCGGAGCCCGUCAUCCCCUUCCACAAGUAUGAGGAGUUCCUGGGCUGUGCCAAGCUCCUUGGAAAGGAUGAUGAAAUGGGUAUGAAGGAGUUGAGAAAGCUGGUAGAAAGUCUACCUCCAGUGAACUACAACCUUCUCAAAUACAUCUGCAGAUUUCUUGAUGAGGUCCAGUCGUAUUCUGGAGUAAAUAAAAUGAGCGUCCAGAACUUGGCCACAGUAUUUGGGCCAAAUAUCUUGAGGCCAAAGGUAGAGGAUCCUGUUGCUAUUAUGGAAGGUACUGUUCUGGUCCAGCAGCUCAUGGCUGUUUUGAUUGGCCGACACGACGUGCUAUUCCCUCAAGAUGAGGACAGCCCCAUGGCCCUGGAGCUUGUCAACAACAACAACAUCGAAUUACCACGACGACAAGCCACCACAACUACCUCCGCCAUCACUACAGUGUCUCAGAACGCCGAGAACAACAACAUGCAAGUGGUGCGGCAGUGUGUUUGGGAAGCGCCCGAGUCUCCUUCGCACCGCCAGCAUGUAGACAACAGUGGCUCCCCGAGGUCAGCAAGCCCCCGUAAUGGUGUCAUAGGACGCUUUGACAUCACCCGCAGUCCACCGCUGACUGUUAAAAAGAACCCGGCAUUCAAUAAAGGAAGUGGGAUUGUUACAAAUGGCUCCUUCAGCUCCUCACCCUCCUCAGACCCGAACCAAGAAAAGAGUCCGACUUUGACUGUAGGCGGGAGUUUACCAGUGCGUCGCAGUGGGACGCUGAAAGGCUCAGGAACAAAAAUGGGCACCAGUGGUGUGACGAGUGGAAGCAGCGCUGGAGGGAACGGCAAUGGAGUCAUGCGCAUGGGCAUUUCUGGCACCGAUGUGGUCACAGGAAGUCUGAACGGCCGCAACAGUCUUUGGGUACCAAAUGGCUGCGUCACAUUACGGGAGAACAACAAAACACGUGACUGCUCCAAUGGGGAUCAAACAUCCAAUCAGAACCGUCUGUCCACAUAUGACAAUGUUCAUUUAAACCAUCAGAACCUGCAGCAGCAGAACCAGAUUACCACCACGUGUCUGAACAGCAGCUGCGAGGACAAGCAGAGCGUUGACAGUGCCACCUGGUCCACCUCCUCCUGCGAAAUCUCCCUUCCUGAUAACUCCACUUCCUGUCGCUCCUCUACCACCACUUGCCCUGAGCAGGAUUUUUAUGGAGGUCACUAUGAUGACCUGGAUGGACCAGCCCAAGAUAAUGAGCCCCCCCUGUCUGGUGGAAGAGGAGAGGGGGAGGGCAGGAACAGCAACAGAGAAGCAAGUGGAGAUGGAGCAGGGAGGAGCAGUCGGGGUACAAGCAGUAGUGACAAUAGUGAUGGAUUCACUGUUGGCAACGGACCUGGCAACCACAGCGCUCUGCACAGCUUAGUGGCCAGUCUUAAACAGGAGAUGCACAAGCAAAAGACUGAGUAUGAGGCCAGGAUAAAGAGUUUGGAGCAGCGUAACCUGGAGCUGGAAACAGAGAUGGUGACCCUCCACGAGGAGCUGGACCAGGAGAGAAAGAAGUACACCAUGGCGGAGAUCAAACUGCGCAACGCUGAGCGCGCCAAGGACGACGCUGAGCGGCGAAACCAGAUGCUGCAGAAAGAGAUGGAACAGUUUUUCUCCACGUUUAGUGACCUCACCGCAACUGGCAACGCGACAGCCACCGAACCCCGCCGACCAGAUUGUAACAACACCAUCUGGAUACAGUGAAGGAGGGCGGGAAAUGUGGGUUGUUAGUUUUUACAAAAUGCCAGUAAAGACUGGAAAUGUACAUUAUGGUGGCUCCAAACAGGAUUUGGCUGCUGGUUUUAGUAGAUGGCGUGUUGGGAAGUUACAUUGCAAUGGUUAAUUUAAAAAUGGGAGGCGUAGGGCUAAUGCAAGCCACCUGUAUAAAUGAAGACAUCACCUGGAGUGAUGUCAUUAUCUGUAAAUACAGUAUUAUUUAAACCGCUCACAGACACACUCCAGCCCACUCAGAAACUGUGGUGGUACUCACUCAUCUGACUAGGAAGUGGAGAAAAGGGACAGUACAACAGUCUAUGAUGAUAUACAGUACUACUAUAUGAUUUUAUUUUAGCUCCUAGAGCCAGAUAGGAAGGAAGGCAAAACAUGUAAAAAGGUUGCAAAAAAAACAACAACAACAACAACCUUUGGACUUGAAAAAAGUUUAAGAUCAUGCAAAAAUCUAUCUUUAUUCACUUUUACAAUCUAACCAAAAACAUCUUAUUGGUCCAUGUAGUUCUGUAUCUACUCAUGUACAUAAAUGGAAACAAUGCAGAAAAAAAACAGUGUCAUAUGUAUGUAAAGAAAAAUGAAAGUAAUGCUUAAAUGUUUAUCUGAUAUUUAAACAAAAAGUUAUCAAUGUGUGAUAUUUUAUAUUUUUCCUUGCACUUACAUGUCUGUUUAGUCUCAGCAAGGUGGUACUGAAUGUGUCUUGUCAGUCAAUGUGUGUACCAUUUAAAUUGGAGAGUAUACUGUAUAUGUGCCUGUGCUUCUGUGCUGUUAACAUUUACCCCAUGACCAAAAAAAAAAAAAGAGUACUGUAAAUAUUUUAUAGAUAAGCGUAGACACUACUUGUUUAGUCUGCACUGAGGUUUGAAGCAUAUUCAGAUGGAUAUGGCACGUACGGUAUUACAACGAUACCGAUUGAGGAAUGUUUUGUAGCUUGUAAAAAUACAUUUAAGACCUGCACGAUGGGUUAUUGGCAUAAAUACCAGAUAAGAAAAAAAUGAAUGUCGUGAAUUCAGAAUUUCAGGUGACAAAUUGUACUCUCGUCAAUGAGAGAUAUGUAGCUUUUGUCAUUCUAUAAAUGCUCUAGGGAGGUAAUUUUAACAACCUUGUGAGAUGCCAGUUUUAAAAAAUAUUUUCUAGUAGUCUGUAGACCUCUGACAAGUUAUCCACCUAGUCAUCCUAACCUAGCACAGAAAAACAAGCUGCAAGGUACAAAGUACCAACACAGAAUUGUGUUUGUGGGUCAUUACUGUGAAAAAAGGGGGAUAGCAUCAAGUGUGUAGCAAGUGGUGUGUGCAUGAUGGUGCAUGAGUCCAUAUGGGUCGAUGUACAUUAAAUGAAUGUCUAUAAAGUGACUGCAUAUUGGUGCAGUCUGCAGAGUGAGUGUACUCUAUGUAGCUUUAAACCAAACGUCUACACACUAUGUGGAUUUUCCAAUGGGUACAAAACCGGACACACCUGAGUACAGACCUGGACUGUCAAAAGAAGUUUGCGUGCACAGGCCUGAUGCUGGCUACUUUCCCUCUGAAGGCCAGGUCCCGUUUAAACCUGCUGCUGGUCAUUGCAGGACAUCUGGAAUGUGCACAUGGAGAAGGAAAAAAAAGUGCCUGAACAAUUGAAGGAGGGAGGGGAGGUUGCACUUCUCAUUUUGCACCCUUCACCGGGAAAUAAUAGGCUUAAGCAAAACUGACAGUGUCACCUCGUUCUGUGAAUUCCACACAAAAGAGCAGAUUACAGACAGAGGGCAAGAGGGAGAGGAAGACUGGGACAGUGGAAUAUUUUCACGACAUGAUACUUGAUAUACAAAGAACUUUAAAAAAUGACAAUAUGAAUAAAAACGCAUUUUCAUGUGA